CCCAUCAGAUUAACAUUGUUCAAUAGUGUCCUUUAAAAAAUAUUUUGUUUAUUCAAAAUUAGAACUAAAAACUUUUUUAUGUAUUUUUAAAAUAAAACUUGUAUUUUUGUUGACCGUAGAUAUAAAAAAUCUUUAGUUUAUAAUUAUUUAAAUUUUAAAAAUAAUAUAAUAUAAAUUGUGUAAGACAUUCGUACAAAGGAAAGAAGUUAAGAAAACGUAACAUAAAUAUCCUUUGUUGUUAAAAACCAUUUUGCAUAUAGAGAAUCCUUAAAAAUAAAAUUUGAAUUGUACUUAUAUAAUUUUAUAUUUUAUGAAAAUUGAAAUUAAAACCAUAGUUUAACGAUAAUAAUAAUAAAAUAUUCAAUAUAAGUUUAUAUCAAUAAAGUGAUAAAUUUUCAAGGAUAUUUUAAAGAAUAUGAAAAUAUGUGAAAAUAUUUCAAAAUAACAAAAUUAUAAUUUAUCUACCAUUACAAAACUAUUAUUUUUUUUUUAUUUUUGUUUGUAUGAGUCAGCUGGAUAAUAUAGCUACUUACCAAUCUCUUUUAAUAUAAACCAAAAAGGAAAACGGAAAAAAAAUCUUGCCUAAAUAAUAACGGACAAAAUAAAAGUUUCUUAUUUAUAUUAAAGGAAACAAACAAAAAGGGUAAAUAUGGCAAUUGAUUUUGUCUCUACUUAUAAAGUGUUAGUUUUGGGUGAUUCAAAUGUUGGAAAAACUUGUAUAGUUCAUCGAUAUUGUGAUGAAAAAUAUUAUGACACGUACAUUUCAACCAUAGGUAUUGAUUUUAAACAAAAGUUAAUUAAUUUAGAUGGGGUUCCAAUCAAAUUACAAAUUUGGGAUACGGCUGGACAGGAACGUUUCAGAACAUUAACAACGGCCUAUUACCGUGGUGCUAUGGGCAUUCUUUUGAUGUAUGAUGUUACCAAUUUGGAAUCAUAUAAUAAUUUGUCUUAUUGGUUACGAAAUAUACAAGAGAAUGCGUCACCAGAUGUUGUAAAAGUUUUAGCAGGCAAUAAAUGUGAGUGUACAGCAUCACAAAGAAUGGUUGAUAAAGAUAAAGGUGAAAAGAUUGCUGAAACAUUUGAUAUGCCAUUUUUCGAAGUAUCUUGUAAGCAAAACAUCAACAUCGAAGAAGUAUUUAUAACAUUGGCCAGAAAAAUUCGUGAACAAAGAGAACGCCGGGGUGACAAUUUUAAUGAUGACAAAGGCCAAGAAAAGAAAUCACCAUCUCUUGGUGGCAUCAGCCCAUUCGCUUUAAGUAACUCUGAAAAUAAUGGAUGUUCAUGUUAAACUAUAAGAUUUUUACAGUCAAUUUUAAAAAAAAUUAAAAAAGAAAACAAAAAAAAAUGAAAAAUACAUUUGCUUAAUAUUAUUCAUUAAAAUAAUUAAUUAAAAAAGUAUAGAAAAACUAUUAAACAAAAUAAAAACCAAAUAUAAAAAUAUAUUAUAUUGCAUCAAAAACAACAAUUUAUAAAAGUAUUUAGGAGUUCAAAACAAUACACAAGUGCAGUCUUUGAUAUUUUUCAUUUAUAAAAGAUUUUCAAUUUGGUGAUAAAGUAGAAAUUUAGUGAAAUAAUGAAAAAGAAAAUACAAAAAAAUUAAUAAAAAUUAAAAGUUUUUAGUAAAAACUUUUUACUCAUAACAUUUGCUUAUGUUUUAAUUUAUUUAAAAAAAAAAUAAGUUGAAAGGGAAGUUGUAGGUUCUUUAAAAAAUAUAUGUACAUAUUUAAAGAAUAAAAUUUAUUAAAUUUUUAUUUAAUUAACUCCUCUUUAAAAAAAAUUUUAAUUUUAAUUAAAAAUAUUAAAAUUCUAAAAUGCAUUUAAAAACAUGCGUACAUUAUUAAUGUCUGUAAAUUAAUAAAAUCAAAUUUUUGUAAGUUGGGAUUGUAACCGCGUUUAAUAAGGUUUAAAUUGUUUUAAAUUUUAACAAGUUUGCAAAUCUCAUACAUAUUGUAAGGAUAUUAUGUGUACAUACGCUUCACCAUCGAUAUAUAUAACAAGUUUUAUUUAUUAUAUAAGAAUCCAAACUUUUGGAGAAAUUCAAUUGAUUUGAAAAACCCCCAAUUUUCUAUAAAAACUUGUAAAAAAUAUGUUUCAAUUUUUACUCCAAGUACUUUUAGAUUAAUUUAAAUAAUUAAAUAUAUUUUCUAACGUUUUAAAAAUAACGUAUGAAAGCGCACACAAAGUACAUUUAUACUUAUCGCAUAUUUUUUCUUAAUUUUUUUCGAACAGUAAGGAUAAUUGAAUCGCUUAAAAUGAUUGGAUUUUAUUAAGAGUAUUUUGGUUUUCAGCGUAAAAUUUCAAAUUUCUAAAUUAAUUUUAAAUCUGAAAAAUCUUUAUAUUUUUGAAUAAAAACUCAUCACAUCAAGUGAUGACAAACAGAAUGUUGGUGAAUAUGUAGACAUAAAUUAGCAAUUUUAUUUUUUCUGAAAACGAUUAAGAUAUAGAAGUUGUUGAUGACGUAAAUUAUUUGCUCAGAUAUAUAUUAUGUAUGUACAUAUAAAUACAUAUGUAUAUAUUUUCUUAUACAAAUGCCUUUAUGUUAUUUUUCAUUAAAAUAAUGUUUAUUUGCAAAAGACUUUUAUAUGUUAAAGUAAAUUAUAAAUCUUUUUUUUCGCAAUAAGAACUAAAUUUAAUAAAACGUUUUCACAGUAAAACUAUUUUGGUAUAUUUGCAAAAAGUAUAAAAAUAUUUCAAUUUUAAAUAACACUCAUCAAAUUUUUAAAAAGGACAUAAAAUUAUUUAUUUUAUCUAAUCCAAUAAGUCCCACCUGCAACGCCUCAGAAUAAUUUUUCGUUAUGUAAGAAAAAUUUUUAAUAAUAAGUAAUUUAAAUUUUUAUUUAAAGAUAACAAACGCUAUUAGGAUAAUCCACUUAUUUUUUUUAUAUGUUAGUGUAAUUUAAUUAAAAUAAAACUUAGAUUAUCUUCUAGAGUGCUGAUAAAAUACAUGGGAAAAGAGGUAUUAACAUAGACUUUAAUUAACAGUUAAAAUUUUAAUAAUAAUAAUACUUUAAAUUUUUUAUAUUAAUUUUUAUUUUAGAAAUACCUAUAUUUUUCGUUUAUAUUUAGCUAUUGAUUGCGUCUAUCUUAAUAUUUCUUUGAAAAAUACAAUGUUUUAAGGCAAACUUUCCUGUUAAGUUUGAUUUGAAUGUUCGAGAACAAGAUGAAUAAUAUAAGUCAGGUUUAGCAAUAUAUUGUACUAUUGUAUUGAAAAAAAACCGUACUCUUAUAUAUUUUUUUUUGAGAAUAAAAC